AGUCAGCCUUUCAGCAGCAUCAUGAACCCAGACCAGAACUACCCUCUCCCUCAGGUGUUCCUUGUGGACGGAGGGCAGGGUCCACAGUAUCCGGCCCACCAACCCAAUCUGGUACCCUGCUGGUCCUUCCCUCCCCCCCAGGAGAGACAGAGGAGGAGCAGGGAGAGGAGCGGGGGCUGCAUGGGGGUCCGGCCCGGCACAGCCCUGCUGGUCCUGAUGCUGUUCCUGCUGGUGUUCGCCGCACUCGGCUUUGAGGGGUUCCAGAUCUACAGGAUGCAGAGAGAACUGAAGGAGCUCAGACAGGCUAAACCAGAGCGUGAGGCUCCCAGCACUCAGAAGCAGAUCGGUUUCCCUGAAGCAGUGAGGAAAGAAGAGGAGAGCAGAGCUGCAGCUCAUGUGAUAGGGCGGAUGGAUGGAAGCACAGUUCAGCCUCUGCGCUGGAACCCUCACGAUGGGCGGGGCUUCACAUCAGGGGGCGUGGCCUACAUAUAUGAAGACGGAGCGCUACAGGUGAACGAGACAGGACUGUACCACGUUUACUCCCGUGUGGAGUUGACCUUCAGGGACUGCUCCCCCGAGUCCGCCUUCCUGCACAGCGUCUACGUGAGGCGAACAGGCCGGACAGCUCCUCUGAAGCUGAUGGAGGCGCACAGAGCGGGGUUCUGCCCCCAGAGGACCAGACUCUCCUGGACCACGGAGAGCUACCUGGGCUCGGCUCUGCAGCUGCAGAAACUCGACCGAGUUUAUGUGAACGUUUCUCAGCCUGGUUUUCUAAGACACGGUUCUUACGCCAACUUCUUCGGCCUCUACAAGAUCUGAAGAGUUUAAGACUGAUGAGGUCAUGUGUUGAUCUGUAACGUAAGGACGACUAAACUUUGUGAACUCUGAUUUAUUUGUUUUUUAGCUUUAAAAAGGUGAGCAGACGUACCGCGUUAACGUCCCAGUCACAGCCCCACACGAUUGACUCGGUGAAAAAGAGAGGGGAGGUGUGCUCUCCUCACCUCAGGCUCUGCCUUUCCAUGUAGGCAUGUGGAAGGGCAGGGAGCUCCCAUCACAGAGCCAUACCGCCUAAUAUAACUCAUUGCAUUCGAUCUUUGAUGAGAGUUUCUCUGUCUGAUACUGGAGCAGGAAUCGUCUGUUUGAUAAUCCCGCUCCAGAAUCUGACAUGAAGACGAAAUGAUCUAAAGAAUAAAAACUUCUCUCUGACAAACUUCAAGAAAUAAUCUGAUUGUACUCUGAAGGUCAUGAGGAGGCGUCAGAGUGAAAGUGAGACUGUUUCCACAUCAGUUAAAACUCCUUACUGUGACAUCAAGUAAACUUUGAAGACUUUGUCUCCAUGAAUAUUCCACCAAACAGCAUCAAAGUCAAACAUGAAAUAUUUGAUUUAAAGCUCCUGUCAGUGUCUUUUGGUUUGUGUGGAUUUGGCGUCCCUUGUGGACAAAGUUUGAAGUAUAAAAUCCCCAUUAGAGUGCUAGUAGUUUUAUGAAGUCUGUAUCUGAAUCAGGUCAAUGUUAUCCAGUCUGACUUUGGUAACCCUGAACAUUGUCUGACCCUGGAUGAAGACAAAGUGGACUUCUCUGGAAGAAAAAGACGUGUUCAGAUCACCUGGACCCCUGGAACAUGAAUAGAUCUGUGCCUUCAGAGUCACUAACACUAACACUGUAGCUCUUUCAUAUUUAUUUAAUGAUGCAAUGUGCCUUUUAAGAUGAGACUGCUUUAAGAAAAUAAAGAUGUUUAAUUUUU